CUGCUCUCUGCCUUUUGUCACAGUUUGCUCGCAGGCGUUGUGCCGCUGGACAAGGCAGUGUCAGCUCUGUCGCUUUAUCUCGGCGUGCUUGGCAAAGUUUGUGAAGUUUUGUUUCCUGAAGUUUUUGCUUUGUGAGCCAUUUCCCACUCUACAUUAAGAAGGCGUUUUUCCAGUCAAGUGGAUAUUAGUCAGCGACGGAGGACUGUGAGACAGGAAAGCUGCGUGCCCUGCUGAGCAGGUUCUCAGUGCCUCACCUGGCUUCAGACUGCUUUCCUCUGCCCUCGUGAAGCUCUGAUUUUGCUGCUUAGUGAUGAAAGGCACAAUGCUCUCUGGUUCUGAGAUUGACAUGCCGGUGUGUGGGGAUUAUUGUGCAGUAGAACCUGUGCUCAACACUGGAGCAGCUGUAGACAGUGGUUUGAGUUGGGAGACGCUCCUGAGAAAGUGUAAGGGGAUGGUGUUGAUGUAACCUUUAACACAAGAAUGAAACCAUUGCCUAACUUGUUUUCCAGAGCAGUAGAAAAUCAAGAUUAUGUGGAUCUUGCAUUAGGAAAAAAGCUCUUUGUCUAUGAGAAGUGGAAAGGGAGCCACAGCAGUGUAUAUAGGGCUCCUGCCUUCUGGGCUUGCUUGCAAUGCUGUGUUACAGCCGAUGAGGCACCAGCAUCUCUGAUGACUCCUACAGCAGGUGACAGGGCCAGCCCCUGCUAUGUGACAGGGACGUUCUCUGCCCUCCGGAAGCUGUGAGCGCUUGGUAGCUCAGUGACCUUGUUUGCAAAGCUGCCCCUCUUGCGUCACGGUGACCUGUCAGCUUUGCAUCUAUUUCAGGAUAGCAAGGGCUCACGUACUUCUGUGCAUGCUUUUGCUGGGAGUUCCCUUUGCAUCUUUGCUCUGCUGCAAUUAAACUGCCGCAGCUUUGUGAUUACAGGGACUACAGGUAACAUGGGUCAACUCUGCUUUUCAGGAGUGCUUCUGCUUGCUUUCUGUUCACCUGUCUGUUUAUACAUUAUUCUGUUUCCUUUUAAAAAUUUUUUUCCAAGUGUGAAUUUAUUGUUCCUUCCCCUGCUCUUUCUGUCUGUGUUUGUGCAGUCUUCUUUGGAUCUUCAGUAGAAAGAAGGCUACAAAACAUAAAUUAUCAGCAAAGCAGUUCUGUCAAAAGAUUUUGCAUGCCUAAACUACCUCCAAAACCAGGGGACAGUGUGGGUCCUUGUGUUGCACCCAUCACAUUUGGUUUUACUGCACAUAACACUCAUUGCCUUACGGUAACACUUACUGCUUCCUGGCAAAAAAAAGAAGAUGCUUUUAGUAGCGAGGACCGUGCAGGGUCUGUAAACCACAGAGUGAGUCUGAGUCUUUAUCAUUUGGUGAAAUUCAUUCCGGGCACUGUAGUUUGGGGUGGAGGUGACUGCUGAAGCCCAUGGCUUUGAGGAGUAGAGGACUGGAGGGUGGCACAAGAUAGUGUGUGAGCUGCAGCUGGGUUGUGCUGAUAAGGGGAGGUGUAGCAGGAAGAGCAGAGGGCAAGAAAUUUGGCUCGCUGUUUUCUCUCUCGCAUCGAGCAGAUGCCUUUUGUGGAGAAGAAGAGGGAACCUGGAGUUAAAACUGACUUUUCUGUGUUGUUCUGGCAGUGGUGGUAUAUCCUUCCUCCCUCUAUGUAUUGUCUAUGCGGAGAGGCCUCUCACUGACAACAACAGAUCCCUGGCCUCCUAUGGCUUGAAAGAUGGAGACGUGGUGAUUUUACGACAGAAAGAGACCGUAGAGCCACGGCCCUCGAUCCGUUUCCCAGCCCUGCCGAGGAUCGACUUCAGCAGCAUUGCGGUUCCUGGGACGUCGGCUCAGCAGCGUCAGCCACCAGCACAGCGCCUUCGCCCGUCGCCUCCCGAUGCGCCUUCAUUCCCUCAGGGUUUGGAAAACCCAGCAUUGCUACGGGAGAUGCUGCUGGCCAAUCCCCACGAGCUGUCCCUGCUGAAGGAGCGCAAUCCGCCCUUGGCAGAGGCGCUGCUCAGUGGAGACCUCGAUAAAUUUACCAGGGUACUGCUGGAGCAACAGCAGGACCGAGCCCGACGGGAACAAGAGAGGAUCCGACUGUAUUCAGCUGACCCUUUUGAUCUUGAGGCACAGGCCAAGAUAGAAGAAGACAUAAGGCAACAAAAUAUUGAAGAAAAUAUGACGAUAGCAAUGGAAGAGGCACCCGAGAGCUUUGGCCAGGUGGUGAUGCUUUAUAUUAACUGUAAAGUCAAUGGACAUCCAGUGAAAGCUUUUGUUGACUCAGGUGCCCAGAUGACCAUUAUGAGCCAAGCUUGUGCUGAAAGGUGCAACAUAAUGAGGCUGGUGGAUCGGCGGUGGGCUGGCAUUGCUAAAGGUGUAGGCACUCAGAAGAUAAUUGGCAGAGUGCACUUAGCUCAGGUUCAGAUCGAAGGGGAUUUCCUGGCGUGCUCUUUCUCCAUCCUCGAAGAGCAGCCCAUGGACAUGCUUCUCGGACUGGAUAUGCUUAAGAGGCAUCAGUGUUCCAUUGAUCUCAAGAAGAAUGUGCUGGUGAUUGGCACGACUGGCUCACAGACCACUUUCCUCCCAGAGGGUGAGCUCCCAGAGUGUGCCAGGCUGGCUUACGGGGCUGGGCGAGAAGAUGUGCGGCCAGAGGAGAUUGCAGACCAGGAACUAGCAGAAGCAAUACAGAAGUCUGUAGAGGAAGCAGAGAAUAGUGACAAAGAAACUACCUCACUGGAAAUGCCCUCAUUACCAGCUUCUGAUGGGUUUCAAAAUCCAGUCCAGUCUUCAGGACUAAGUUCUAAGAUCUGUAAUCCCACAAAUCAGUUACUUGAUCGAUCUGUCUUUGCCCCUGCUUCAACUUGCUUAUCCAAACCUAGCCUCACAGAGCCCACUGAUCCUGGAGCCGUCAAGUCAAUUGAGUCUUCAACUGAAUGCUGGAUCACCCCAGAAAAAGAUCAUCCUCUUGUGUUACAGCAUCUUCCCAAUAACUCUUCCUUGGCAGAUAAUGACCGCUCUCUCCAGACAGAGGAGGUGAAUUCUUGCAGUCCAGCUUGCCUUUCACAGAAAACACUUCAAGAAACAUUUCUUGCUGACAGUCUAAUGGAAUGUAACACAAUAGAACAGGGCUGUGGUGAGGAACCUCUUUUGAAAGUGACAAAAGAAAAUAGUUUGACUGACAGCCCUACUAAGCUUGGGCAAAUAGAAGAUGCAUCUCUGCCUUCAGAACUAAAGGAACCAAAACAGAAGAAUGAGUUUGCCAUAAACCAUCAGAUGUGCAAAGAGCCAGAGAAGUUUGAGCAUCUGGAGAAACAAACUGACAAAACUGACCCAGAACAUCCUGGCAACAUUGGUGGGGUCGAGAAACCUGCUGUGGAAGAAGAGGGCCAUCCAGCCAGUCAGCCAGGAAGUCUUCCUGCAGAAAUGAGAGAAGGUAGACUGGAGAAAGCAGAUCUUUCCUGUGUGAAGGGGUGUAUCCAAACAUCCUGUCAUGUGCACAUGGAAGUGGAUACAACUGAGCACUCUGUGGCUGAAGUGCACAUCUCAGCAAGCAAGCAGAAGUGGCAAGCCAAAAAUGGAAGGGCAUCUGACCUGAACUCAGAUGCCUCUUCUAUGGAAGUGGAGUCACUGAAGUCUGCAACUUCCCUGAGUGAUGCAGUUUCCACCUCUGAUGUGUUGCAGUCUAAAAGCACCAGUGGAAUCCCCACAAAGUGUAAUGAGUUGUCCAGUUCAACAGCUGAACACAGUUCUUCCCCCUCCAUCAUUCAUCAACAGGACACAGAUCUGGGUAGACAUUUAGAAGAGCCAUGUUUCUCUCUUGCAUCAGCCUUGAAAGAGCUUCACAAACUCCUGAUCAGUUGUAAAGGAGAAUGUAAACUUCUUACAUCUCAAGUCUCUCAGCUGGAAAUGGUUCACAAAGAGCAAGUACAACAGAAGGGGUUUUCUGAAGAUGAGUGGAUAGUGUCAGAUCCAAAUGGCCAGCAACAGAGUAGUUCCUCCUUUAAUGUGAGAUAUGAAGGUGGAAAAGCAGAGGGGAGCCAGCCUUGUGAUUCUGGCACAGAAAACGUUGGUGUUGGGUCUGUCACUCACAUGGAAUCGGCUCCUGGAGAAGACGCCUCAGAAAUUCCAGAGUUUUCAGAUAAUGAUUCGACUGCAGGGACAUCUGACCAACAGGAGAGCUCUGAGCAGGCAAAGGUUUUGCCAGAAUGGUUCCAGUGUCCGCCUUUGGAACAGAACACUGUUUCCUCUAAGCCUGCUUUGGGUGAAGGUACAUCUCAAGAUACUCAGGCAUCACUCACAAAAGCACCUGAGGGAAGCAGCAGUUCUGCUCCUGACGGCCCAGCACCAUGGGGUGGCUGUGAGGAACCACUGCCUGGUCCACCUGCUGAGUCCACUGAACUUCCCUUGGUUGCUUCACCUCCUGCUUUCCCUGCAGCUGAUGUUGAUCGAAUCCUUGGUGCUGGCUUUACCACGCGAGAAGCUCUGGAGGCCCUGGAACAAGCAGAUGGGAAUGCAGAUCUUGCUCUUCUCAUUUUGCUAGCCAAGAGUAUUGUCGUUCCUACAUAACUGUGGAAGAGUGGGUCUUAAGACAUAUCUAAAUUACACAUUGUAACGUGCAAGCAGAAUGUUGAGCCAGAGUUUUUAAUUAUUUGCAGCCAAAGUAACGUGUCUGUUCUGUUUCGCUUGUUGGAUUUGGCCUUUUGAAAGAAAGAAAAUGUCCUCGUAUUGCGUGGAUGGGACAGCUUUUGAUUAUACUUACUGGAUUAAAAUUCAUGUUUUUAUUUAAAUGCAAAAUUUUUGAAUAAGCUCCAGUGUUACGAAUAACAGAAUGGCAGAAGCCAUUGAGAUCACUGCCCUGCCCAGCACAGAGGAAUUGUGACGUGAGUUGAGUGUUGUGCUGUGCAGCGGUGGCGCACGCGGAGUUGUGCAGGCACUGAAUCUGCUGUGACACAGAUGCAGAACUGCUCUAAAUGGGCUUUUGGGGUCAGUGCUGUUUUCUCUCCCCUACACCUUACAACCAAAUGUCUGUGAUGCUAAUGAAACAAUUGUGGCAGAUCCUACAGGUGUGUAAAACUUUGCAGAAGGAAUGGGAGGGUGUCAGGAGUUUUUGGAAGCGUGGGUUUGUGUUUGCGUGGGGAGAGCUGGUGGCUGCUUUUGACAAACCCUUCUGUGCUCCUGGGCUGUUGUGUUUAAGUUUACAUUGUGGAGAGAGAGGAUGGAGAGAAAAAGGGGAGGGAGAGAAUUUGGUUCUAGAAGAACUAAGAGAUGUACUGACUUACUUGAAGAUGUGCUGAUAUCAGUUGUAGGUGGGGAGGGGAAGUAGAAAGGGGAAAAGAGUAUUUUACCCUUUUUUUUUCCUUAACAUUGCCCAUAUCCUGCUCCUCUCUACAAAAGAACGAGCUCAACCACUUGAGGCAAAACCUUGAUGAUGAAACCUCAUAACAAAGCAACUGCAUGUCAUGGCUUUUAAUUGCAUCUAUCCUUGGAAAAUGGUUUCUCUGCGUGCUGCACGGGGUUGUGAUCAGCAGAAUGAAGAAAUCUGCUUUGCACUAGUUUAUCUGGAUGUUUGGGGAUGAUCAGCCUCUCAGAAACUGCAGAAGGCUGCAGUGCCUGAUGGGCUGCUAAUUGAAUACCUCCUAAAGAGCGAGGGCUCCCAGGUGGGGCUUAUGGAACACGCGCUGCCAUGGCACCCGUGUCACAGCAUCCUGGCCUUCCAGGAGGUCCCUGGGGAGCAGCCUGCCUGAGCAGGACGUGCUGAGGCUGUGCUGUAGGAAGCCAUUACCAGAUGCUUUUUUCUCAAGUGAACGACUUCGGGGGGUUUGCAGAGCCUCAAAAUACUCCUGGGGUUGGGAAAGGAAAGCAUGUUGAAAUGUGAUACCAAAUUUUAAGUAGGAACUUUCACUUAAUCUCACUCAUGAAACUCUGGAAUGGCUCCCUGUGAAAGCUUAAACUUUCUGCUUUGGAGCUGACCUGAAGUGACUGAUGGGCAGUGCUGGAAACAUGACUUGUCCGUCGUUCGGUUGUUGUUGUUGUCCCAGACCUCUCCCUGGUGUUUUGUUUUCCCUGCUCCUUAGCAGGUUCUCCUAUGUGUAUGCCAGGCUUUUCUUUCAUAUAGGGUAGCGUUUAAAAACAGCACAAAUUUGGUUUCAUUUGUGGGCCUGCAGAGUUGUGUGUCUGAGUGGUGGUCAUCAGAUCUUUCUUAGGUGCUUGGGUAGCCAAGAUAUCCGUUAUUUUCUGAAGAGCUGUAAGGCAUUCCUCUGUUGGAAGCAGCUUUUGCUUGAGUUGUGGGUGCACCAGUGAGGCUCGCUGUCCCCAGACACACUUCACUUAUAUCCCACUGCUGGUGGUCUCAGCAGCAGGCACUGCUCUGCGCUUGCACCGGGAGCAGUGUUUGGCUCUUUGGGAACCCCUCUCCUGAGCAGCAUCGGGUAAUUCCUGCAGGCUCCCUUCAGGAGCUGUUAGUGAGGCAGGAUCACAGCUGUGUGAUCUCUGUGCCGUAGCGAGAGUUGGCCCCAGGUGAAGCUUGUUGGUACUCUGCAGUGAGCGCCCCAAAUAAUCGAGAUCUUGUUCUGCACGGGGUAAUGCUUGGACUGCUAUAGGAGUGCAGACAGCGUCAUCAGAUCUCUCCAGAAGCUUUAGGAAAUAAGAUUUCAAUAUUAGGCCUAUUCACAUCUGAUUCACUACCAAAAACUGUGAGUAGAGCUCAGCUCCAGAGCCUCCUCCCUGGAAGCCGUGUUUCUGCUCCUGAUUCGUGCCGUGGGUCUCAGCGUGAGCCCCAGCUCCGACGUGUGCGCUGUGCACCACCAGCACGGCUGCAGGUUGGCCCUCCAGGAUGCCUGCGGGUUCAAGGGCUGCCAGCUCCUUGAAGCAUCAUUGUUAGCCAUUCGAUGUCACACCCUGCUCGUAUUUACACGUUUAUGUUUUUGGAAGCAAUUGCUAAUAGCUAGGUGAAGAACUGCUGCUUUGCACCAAAUUGGUUAAAGUCUCUAGUUUUAUGGCCAUGUUUACUUAGACUGCAUAUACAGAAUUUGUGCUGUAAAGGCUUUAGAGCAUCGGCCAACUCACUUCAGUGCUCAGUUUUAUUCUUUGUCAAAUAAAGGUUUUGAAAUCUGCCCUGCCAAAGCUGUACUGAAGCACUUAUCAAUACUGCUAGAAUUUCUGCUGUAACUUUCUCUGAACUGCUAGAAACAAAACCUGACCCCCCCCAGCUGAUGAAUACUUUUAUCAGGUUGUUCUGAGCCCGGUGAUCUAAAUCUUUGCAUUCCACAAAGCCUUGCUUUGAGCGAAUGGCUGUGUGCUGCCGGAUUAGACGGUGAUUUUGGCUUUUCAGAAGCAGGAUUUACAUUAGAGAAAAUCUGGGUGGAGUUGAGUAUCUUAGUUAAAAUUAAAUACAAGAGCGAUUGCUGUCUAGAAGCUGUCUUCUGUUUCAGUGUGUGUCCCUGCUUUGUGCACGCAUCCUUGGCCCAGCCUUUAGCAACCCCUUCACCAGGCUCUCCUCUGGCCAGCAGAGUGGGAGUGUGUCUUUAUUUGUGUGGUAGGCACAAACGCUUUUUGGCUGGAGCAGGGGUAAGGAUGUGAUGCCGAGAGCUGCCCAGGUUUCGGAGCAGCUGAGUGAAUGGACUCUGUGCUCAAAUCGGGCUCUUUACGCUCUCUUCAUUCAUCAGAGCUCUGCACUAAGCUGUCACCUCAGCUUGGCAGAAUGAUUUCCCUAUGAGGUGGUGACCACCCUGGGUCUGCUGAGCGUGUUCUGGGUAUUUCCUGCAUGCCCUGUGGUUACAUACUGAACAAUUGCUGAGAGGAUAACCAUUGCCUGAGAGACUGAGGGGAUCUCCUGGGCCUCUUUGUGCGUACUCCUGUACGUGAGGCUGCAGGCAAGCUCAGAGGCGAUGAGCACUGACAUAAUACCUGGCAGUCUCUGGGCACGGAGCGGUCUGGCAGGAGGGGACGUUUCCUGGCCGAGUGGAGCUGUGCUGUUAUUGUGACAAUCUCUGCUGCGUUGCUCGUUGUGCUUGACUUUCUGUGUGGACACUUGGGCUCAAGGACUGCUAACCUUGUGCCUCCAAGAGAUGUUCCUUCUUUCUCCCUCUGUCCUCACCCCUUGCUGUCUCCUUUCCUCAGAAGUAGCAAUAUUUCACUUGGUUAAGUUUUCUUUCAGACACUGUGCCAUUAAUGAUCAAACGAAGGAACGCAUCCCCGGGGUUUCUUCACCAGACUUGGACUGACUGCCACACGGCUCCACAGAAAUCGAACAUUAAUUCAAAGAGGCCUUUUGCAAUCCUCUCUUGGAGACCAGCUUGGGAAAUAGGGUCAGUUUGGUGUACAUUGUUCAACAGAUUUCUUCCUGCACUGUGUAGAUGUAGCUUAGUUGGUGAUCCAAAUGCACAGUGGUUUGGGUUACUCCUUGACUGAUGCUUUUUAGCUUAAGACUUUUACAAACUCACGUAAGGAACUUGAGGGAAUCAAUUCUCAGGAAUCCUACAGCUGGUUGCGUUUGUGUCAUUUACUGUUCUGGGCUGAACGUACUGCAGUUGUCCUUGCAGGUGGCUGAAGGGGAGCAUGCUUGUGUCAUCAGGAAAUGGGAUGUGGUUCUGCCCAAAGUAAUACACACUUGAUUCUUUUUUUGAUUUUUUUUUUUUUAAAUAUUGAGGGUCUGUUUAUCAACAAAAUUGAUGUGUAAAAUAAAUUUGAUAUUUAAAAAAAUAAACACUUUAUGAUAA